GAUUACCACACCAGCUUAUUCGCGUUGCGCAUCACGAAUAAAGCAGUUGACACGCUGCUGAUCGCCUCAAAAUGGCUGCAUCAUCGUCUGAUGAAGACGACUACGCGUCCGACAACCAGGCCUCCGACUCUUCAGGCCACGAAUCCCCCCCUCGGCCGCUAUCGCAAAACUUCUUUGCGCCGCCCUUCUACGGCCGUCCGCCGACCCCUUUACCUCCCUCACCCUCGCUAACAUCCCUCCUACGACCUUCAAGACCAACGACACCCGAUGCUUCGGACGACGAUAACAUAGCCCCGGUGCCUCGCGCAGCGCCAAAGGUGCCGACGUACGAGUACUACGGCUUUGUGCUGUACCUGUUCAGCAGUUUUACAUUUCUCAUAUGGCUACUCUGGAGCUUCUUACCAGCUCCUUUUCUCCAUGUUUUUGGCAUUUAUUACUACCCCAACCGCUGGUGGGCGCUGGCCGUCCCCGCGUUCCUUGUCAUGACCCUCUGCUACAUCUACGUCGCCUUGGCAUUGUACAACCUCGAGAUCUUGACGGUGCCGUUGAACAAUGUGGAGACUAUAGUUGAUGGAGCUGGUCAGAUGGCAGUGAUUGAUUCCAAGGGCCGAUUGAAGGGAAGCGUUAACAGAGAAAGGAAGUGCGACAGCAAUGGCAAGCUUCGUUGGCGCGAGGUUUGGAGUGAAGGUACGGAUGCAGUGAUGGAUAUCCCAUUGGCGGGCGUAUGUGAGGUACUAUAUGGAGAAGGAAGAGGAGAUGCAGAGGAUGACGAGCUCUUAUGGUCUACGAAAUAAAUGCAUGGAAGACAAGGGAAUUGGACGAAAUGGACUUUUUGCAUGGCGAAAUGCCGUUUUCUGUUGGUGCUACAAGCUCAACGGGGCAUUAAAAAUAUAUAAAGAACACUUAAAGCAUGUUAUAUUAUAAUCUUAAUUAUUUAUUUUUCUGUUUUCUAUUUUCAAAUGAUUUAUCUCGGAAUUUAGCUGCUAUCCUGCUACAGAGUGCCUCAGCCUUGCCGCCACCACCCACUAAAAUGCCGUGUCUUCCCCACAGCCUCGCGACUGG